CUCCCCUCUUGCAGAUACGAAGCAACUUCCUCUUCUCCUCUUCUCCUCUUCCCAGAACGCAGGACGGGGCAAUAAGAAGAGUAUUGCUGACUUUGAUCUACCUCUACUCACUUAAUCUGCCAUGUCUCUCCCGCGCGCUUCAUAUCUGGAGUCGUGGGAGUUCGAUCCAAACCGCCCCCGCGCGCGACUCCCUCCGUCGCGAACAGACACGGACGGAGACGACUCAAUUGACAACCUCAGCAGCUUUGUGAAUGACCUCCCCGAAUCUGUUUUGUCAUCCUCAUUUCCAUCGACCUAUAGCCGACGACUAAGCUUCAAUCCGUAUUCCGGGCCUGGGUGGAGAGAGGGGUCCGUCGAGCGCUCAAGUGGCGAUCGGCAUGACGAUGGGGUCAGAACAGAGGAACUAGAGCCGCCAGCAGCUUUGUUGAAGGAGCCCGACUGGGAUGUGCCAUUGACAACGGGCGCUUUUGAGGUUUCGAGGGGGAAGAGGAUCGGUACGUUCGUGAUAUUCCCGGUCACAUGCGCGGUAAGGUGUUGAUGAAGUCCGAAAGCCCAAGUAUGCAUUGCCGUGGUCUACUGUUUCCUAGGGGCUGGGAUUGUAUUUGGGUUUGCGGCUAUCAAACCCAUCUUAAUUCAGGAAGGCGUGUAUCGCCAUCUCUGUUCGGAUGAGGAGAUCAAUGACGGUGUAAACGUCUGUUACGGCCAAGAGAUUCGCCUCAAUUUAAUGUUUACCAUUGCUGCUGUUGCGACAAAUAUUUCUGCACUCCCCAUCGGCACAAUCCUUGAUAACUACGGCCCUCGGGUGUGCGGGAUAAUUGGUAGUAUUUGUCUCGCAACGGGCGCCAUUCUGGUUGGAUUUGCAAAUUCAUUGCGCUUUGAUGCAUACAUCCUUGGCUACCUCUUUUUGUCUCUGGGUGGACCGUUCGUGUUCAUCUCGUCAUUCCAUCUGUCGAACACUUUCCCGACCCGCUCGGGGUUGAUCCUGUCAACGUUAACAGGGGCCUUCGAUGCGUCUAGUGCAAUUUUUCUUAUUUUUCGUCUUGCCAACGAGAAGACAAGAGGGGCUUUUUCGACCAGGACAUUUUUCAUGCUCUAUCUAGUAGUUCCGCUGUUCAUUUUCGUUGCGCAGGUACUUGUCAUGCCUACAACAUCUUACAAGACUGCCGGUGAACUGGUCCAGGAAGCCGAGGCCACCAUUGCUGACGAAGCUAAUGAUAGAGUUGAUGAAUCUAUCGCUGAUCCAAGAGAAGGCGAACGCCAGCGUAACGACCGUCGACUUCAGAGACAUUCCAUCGUGAGCCAGAUUCAAGACCUUCUUGACGACCGUGGUACUGAUAACGAAGACAAUGGCAAUGAGAAUAUCGACUACUACAACAAGGUCAAAGGGUAUCUAUUCCGCGGCGAAAAUGGCAAAACCACCAACGCUGCUACUGGUUUCGGUGAAUCGGGGGACGGGCCUCCGCCACAACCAAGGCAACAACAGAAAGCCGUUACAUACACCUCAGGCGGCAUCUGGGGCGUGCUGCAUGGUUACUCAGCUGUAUACCAGAUCCUGACUCUUUGGUUCUUCCUAAUUACGGCCUUUACAGUUUUGCAGAUGCUCCGAAUAAAUUACUUUGUUGCCUCCAUAAAUCAGCAGUACACGUAUCUGCUCUCCUCCUCCCGCAAGGCAAAGGAAAUCAAUCAGCUCUUUGACUUCCUUCUCCCACUCGGUGGCCUGGCAUCAGUCCCAUUCAUAGGGAUUAUCUUGGAUAAUGUCGCUACACCGCUCGUACUACUCAUUCUGGUCGCAACUGCGACCCUCAUCGGAAUUCUGGGAUGCAUACCCCAUAGUAUGAUCGCAGCCUACGGAAAAAUCGCCGUUUUCGUUCUUUACAGACCAUUCUACUACACGGCCGUUAGCGACUACGCGGCCAAGGUCUUCGGAUUCCAAACCUUCGGAAAGGUAUAUGGACUCAUAAUCUGCACCGCGGGUCUUGGUAACUUUCUGCAGGCAGGUUUGGACGCAGUUACAUUCAAGAUGUUCGACAAAAACCCUAUACCGGUCAAUGCUUUUUUGACUAUUUCCGGGCUCGUUGUUGGAGGUUGGUUGGUGGGAUUUGUCUCUUGGAAGGCCAUGGCUAUUGCUAAAGCCACGGCUAGUGGGAGUUAUGGCGAGGUUGAGGCUGGAUCCAGUGGUGAUGGUGUUGCGAGGAGGGAUUUGGAAACGGAGCCGUUGCUUCCCAGGGGACGUCCUGGUGGUAGCGAUAGACACGAAGGAUCGUCUGGAUAUGGUGGCGUUGGUGGUACGGGCAGGAAUUAGAGGUGGUCUCGGCAGUUCGUUUAUGAAUCGUAUAUAUUGGUAUGAUGUCCAUAUUGAUGAUGUUGCUAUGCUGAUGUUUAUUGGUUUGACAGCCUGGUUGUUACAUAUGUGUGUUCUAUAACUUAUCUCAUAACUUCAAAACAUUCUACUGUCCGAAACUGCAACAAUCAUGAAGAAUCAUGCGUCUUCCGGAGCAUAACAGCCAUCCACAGAUCACGCAGUUAUUAUCUGAUUCCAGUUUUGCAGUGCAUUAGGCCCAACGGAGCGUUUAAUCAGACUCUCACUCAAGUCCCAGAGAUUAUUCCCUAGCUCCUCAUUCAUGGCCAUCUCACUUGGAGAUGCUAACUCGCUCUAUAAUAUGUCACCGUUAGCACAGAUAGCGAUAUGCUCCAAAU